GAGGUUAUGUUAUUUAAUUAAAUUGAUUCGAUUAAUUUUAGAAAUAAAAGCCAUUAUGGUGUACAAUUUCUGAUUAAAAUCUACUUUGGACUUACUCGCUGCUGAAAAUCACAAUGACUUCGAUACUAUUAAACGCAUUUAAAAACCUUCAUAUAUCUUUUAAGCCGCAAAUACGAGCCUUUGCUUCGGCCAAUGCUUCUAUUAUAACAUCUAAGGAUAAUUCAUUAACGGUGAGCAACAAAGAGUGGAAGGUUUCCCCCCAAUAUACCAAGCCUCGCGAAGUAUGGAUUGAAAACUUGGAUACAAUAGAGGAACAGAAAUUGGGAUUGUUCGAGUUGCACCCUUCGGUGUAUGCAACGGUGCCUAGAAUAGAUAUAAUUCAACGUAAUGUGGUGUGGCAGAGGAAGUACCGGUGGGUAUCGUGGGCUCACACAAAGACCAGAGCAGAGGUGCGUGGAGGAGGUAGAAAACCUUGGCCUCAGAAAGGUCUGGGCAGAGCCAGACACGGUUCGAUUCGCUCGCCUUUAUGGCGUGGAGGCGGUAUAGCCCAUGGACCCCGCUCGGGCACAACCCACUUCUACAUGUUGCCCUUUCAUCUAAGACUGCAUGGUCUGACGUCUACGCUAUCUGCUAAAUUUGCCCAAGAUGACCUACACAUAGUCAGAGACCUUGAACUGCCCACAGAUGAACCAGAAUAUUUUGCUGAGCUUAUUGAGCAAAGGAAUUGGGGACCAUCUGUCCUAAUUGUUGAUGAUACUGAUUUUGUAUCAAGAAAUAUAACAUUGGCCACCGAUGCUAUGCCACAUGUCAAUAUUAUGCCAGUUUAUGGACUGAAUGUGUACUCCAUGUUGAAACAUGACACAUUAAUUCUCACAAUGUCUGCAGCUGAAAGAAUUGAAGAUCGGAUUCUAAGCCACUUGCACGGCAUUACCACUGAGAGGCAGUCACAGUAUAAAUUAGAUCAGGUUUAAAUAUUAAAGGCAAAAAGUUAGUAUAGAAAUAAAAAAUUACAAA